AUGGCUUAUUCUAAUCGAAAUGAAAGAAAAGGAACAAGAAUAGUUCUUGCAUUAAUCAAGAUAUCGUGCUAUGAUGACAUUCAACAUCCAACUAGUAGUGAAAAUUCACUAACAACACAACAUUCAACAUCCUAUGUUCCUGAAUCAAAAAAAAGAAAAUAUUCAAAAUAUAGUGAUAAUGAUAAUCAACAUAGAAGUAUUCUUGUUCCAUCGAUUGGAUUUGAUAUAUCAACAUAUCAAAUGCGUAGUGUUCUUCCGUCGAUAAGUAAUUCGAUAAAUUUAACAAAUUCAUUAUUCAAACAAGAAGAUAUAUUACCAUCACUAAAUACAUAUCGUUAUGAUAAUGAUGAUCUUAUUGAAACAAAUAGUCUACCAAGUAUUAAUUCAUUUAUGAACAAAAAAUAUCUUCUUUAA